AAAACACAGUAACACAUAAUCCGUCUCACCAGUAGCUGGGCUUUUGAUAUCAUAAGUGCAGAAUGUAACUAUUUGUGUCAAAGGAGCUGGAAUCGAAGAAAUAAGAGAAGGCAAGAAAGUACAAAGCCGAGGUGGUAUCGAACAUGGCCUCCAACGGUCUAGGGCUUCAGCUUCCGCAACGUGAUGCUGCAUCGCCAGGUCCCAUAUCCCCCGGCAUAUCUCUAGCUCCCGGUCAAGCCAGCAGGGUCAUGAACCCCAUAUCAUCUAAAGUCACCUCGGUACUCUCAACUUCAUAUGCGGACUCUGAAUUCCGCGAAGCAUUGAUUCUGCUGGAUGAACGGGGCAUAAGCAUUAGUGCCGAGACCAGAAGGCAGCUACGUCUCGACGUGCAAAAGGAAGUUAUUGACAGCAAUGGCCAGAUCAUCAAUGAGUUUGGCCGUGUGGCAGAUCAAUUACGACGCAUCGGCGCUACCAUCGACAAGCUCAACAAGAACUAUCAGGAGAUGAAGAGCCAUGUAACGCUAUCUCACGAGGCAACUGUGGCUACAGUUGAAGAAGCUUCUUCUCUGAUGACACAGAAAACGAAUAUAGAGACGAAACAACAAUUGCUCAAGGGCUUCAAAGAUCACUUCGUACUCACAGACGAUGAAGUGGCGUCUCUAACCCUGACAUCGGAGCCCGUCGAUGACCGAUUCUUUGCCGUAUUAGCUAAGGCAAAGCGUAUACGCAAAGAUUGCGAAGUGCUCCUUGGCUUUGAGAACCAGACCUUGGGCCUUGAGGUUAUGGAUCGGACCUCAAAGAACCUGAACCACGCCUUUCAGAAGCUUUAUCGCUGGAUACAGAGAGAGUUCAAGACGCUCAAUCUCGAAAAUCCUCAAAUACAUUCUUCCGUGCGUCGCGCGCUACGCGUAUUAGCUGAAAGGCCCUCCCUCUUUCAGAGCUGCUUGGAUUUCUUCGCCGAGGCUCGUGAACAGAUUCUCUCAGAUUCUUUUUACCUUGCACUGACAGGAAUGUCAGCAUCCGGGGCGAAGGACCACUCUGUCAAACCGAUUGAGCUUGCGGCCCAUGACCCCCUUCGCUAUGUGGGCGAUAUGCUAGCGUGGGCGCACUCGGCUACAGUAUCGGAGCGCGAGGCCCUCGAGGUCCUUUUUGUCUCAGACGGCAACGAGAUUGCCAAGGGCAUGCAGGAAGGGAGGGAGAAUGAGCUAUGGCGUUUCAUGGCCGAUGAGGGUGAUGAUGGCCCACCCGAGUUCGACGCUGUCAAGGCGCUCAAUGAACUUGUUGAUCGGGAUCUGGCGGGCGCCGCUCGAAUUUUGCGCCAGCGCAUUGAGCAGGUGAUACAAGCUAACGAGGAGACAAUCCUGGCAUAUAAGCUAGCUAACCUGUUGUCCUUCUACAAAUUCACAUUUUCGCGACUGCUAGGGGUCACCAACGCCGAAGCUAUUCUAUUACAGUCGAUGACGAACCUCGAAUCCGAGGCUCUGCGCCAGUUCCGCUCGCUCAUGCGCGACUACAUCGCUACGCUACAGGGUGAAUUUCAGCACACUCCCGCAGACCUCGCACCCCCCGAUUUCCUCCAGGAAGCGCUCAAGCAGCUUUCAGCCAUUAUGCAAACAUACGAAACCUCGCUGGACACGUCCACGUCUAAAGGGGGGGGAGAAGACCAAGAAGAUGACGACGACGAAUUCCAACCCAUACUCACCGAAUCCUUCGACCCAUUCAUAGCAGGCUGCGAGAAUAUGGCACGUAAAAUCCCCAGGCCCGCUAGUUCCAUCUUUUUCCUCAAUUGUCUCCUUGCCGCCCAAUCCACACUGCAACCCUACUCGCGCUUCACAUCACGUCGUCUAGCACGCCUGCGCUCCACCGCCUCCGAGCAUGCGUCCAAGCUUAUUGAGUCGCAAUACAGCUUCCUCGUAUCGGAAUCGUCGCUGUCGUCCUUUUUUUCGGCCCUACAGCCGUUGCGCAGUGAGAUCCGUGAAGAUAUUGAAAAAGUCUCAACGCUUGAGCCGACACAACCCGCUGCUCUCGCAAGCGCGAGCCAAAGUCUCGACGACUUCCUACCGUCAGCUAUCAUGGACGCCUUAGAAAACCUGAAACACCUGCAGGACGCGCGGCUUGCGCGUGAGGUCACGGAGGAGGCGGCCGAGCGGUUCUGCGCCGACUUUGAGCACGUCGAGGAGCUCCUUGUACUCGCUGACGAGUUGCGGGAUCAAAAGGACAGCAAUGAUGCGGAUGAGGAGCCGAGCUUGAGGGCCUUGUUCCCAAGGACAACGGGCGAGAUAAGGGUUUUACUAUCAUAAGUCGCUGAAUUACUAGAGCGAUGCAUUUGUCCGAGACGGGAAUAUACACGGAAACCUAUGAAGAUGCUGAAGAUUAGGACAACCGAGUCUUACAAGUGCAGAAUGCGCAUAACCUUGCGGGUUAUUUUCUUCUUUAUUAUUAAUUUUCUUCUCCUGGCCUACCAUUCACACAUGUAGGGGCGUAUCUCUCAAGUCAACGGAA